AUGUCAAAUAAAAUCAGUUUGAUAUUGUUGGCACUCUAUGUGCUUACAGUGUUGUCGAUUGCGAUGGCCUAUCCACAACCACUGGUUAGAAAAGAAGACAGACACUCAUUCCGUGCACCAUUUAUUGCUACGGCCAGUGGUAUCACCUAUUGGAAUACACGUGGUGACACUGUCAUCAGUGAGGAAUACAUUCACUUGACUGCCGACGCCCAAUCGUCUUGGGGACAGAUCAUCAACACCGAACCACUCGAAUUCCCAUCUUGGGAGAUCGUAGUCGAGUUCCGUAUCCACGGUAACGGUCGUAUCGGUGCCGACGGUCUCGCACUCUGGUACAUCGACCCCAGUCACUCUGAAUCACGUGACACCAGUGUCUUUGGUAAUCGUAACAUGUGGAAAGGUCUUGGUAUCUUCUUUGAUACUUUUGAUAACGAUGGAAAUGGAGAUAAUCCAUUAGUUUCGGUUGUCUAUAACGAUGGAACUCAAUUCUUUGAUACUGCAAAGGACGGUGGUAAUAUGAAGUUGGGUGGAUGUACCAAUAAAUUCAGAAAUGUACACAAGAACACUCGUGCCAAGAUCAAGUACUUUAAUGGUGCUCUUUCAAUUCACAUCGAUACCUCUUCAAGUGGAAACUACGACUCCUGUGUCAAUGACAUCAGAAUCACCCUUCCAACUCGUUAUCACUUUGCUCUUUCUGCUGCCACCGGUGGUCUUCAUGACAAUCAUGAUAUUUAUUCAUUCGACACAUACAGUCUUGAUGCACCAAUUAGAAAUGAAUAUCGUAGACAUGAAAACUAUAUGAAUCAACAUCAACAACAACAGCAACAACAACAAAAUAUCCAACAGCAACAACAACAAAACAUUCAACAACAACAAAAUCAGCAACAAAAUCAACAACAACCACAACCAGUUGCUCAUGAAGAAGACGAUUUCAAGGCAAAGAUUAAGGAUAUUACUAAGGGAUUCGAACAACAACAACAACAAAAUCAACAACAGCAACAACAACAAUUCCAACAACCAAACCAACAGCAACAACAACAACCACCAGUAACUCAAGAGCAACCAAAGCAAACUAUAUCUGGUGACGAUGUUCCAGCUCAAAUCCUCCAGAAAGUAGAGACCUUGAAAGAGAGCAUCCAUUCAUUGCAUUCGGUUCUCGAUGAAUCCGAAGUUAAAAAGUCAGUCGAAGGUCUCAGAGAUCAAGUCAACAACGUCGGACAAGCCCUCAUCAUCCUCACCGAGAACAUCAUCACCAAGAAGGAUUUCGAGAGUUUCAAGUACAACUAUGAACUUAAGAAUUCACAAUCCUUCAAAGAAUUAACCGAGUUGAAACAAUUGAUUGGUGAUAUGAAAGCAACUGUCAAUAGCAGAAUGAAUAAUAACGAUAAUGAUGUAAGCAAGACUUUGGAAGCAUUGUCACAGAGCGUCAAUGGAUUGAAGAGAUUGGUCGACGCACAAGCCAAGGACACUCAAAAGAUUGCAUCGACACUUCAGGUUAAUGCCAACGAGAUCGCAUCAACCAUCGAAAAGCAAACCUCGUUCGGAUUCUGGUCAUACUUCCUCUUUGUUCAAGCCAUAUUUAUUUUUGGUUUCGUCUUUUGGAGGAAAUACAAAGAUGAAAACAACAAGAAAUUAAUAUAA